CAAAGCUCCUCUAUUAAAGAAUUCAAUCUAUAUUCUCUAUAUACCUAGUAUCUAGUAUCCUAUAUUACACACAUUCAACAUGUCUGGUUACUCCAAUGUUGGUCAAAGCUCCGUCUAUGAGAGCGGCGACCAAAGGAACCUGAAGGACUCAGAGAUUCCAGGUCGUCCCCGGUAUGAAGAGGGUGUAGAGAAUUCGCAUCAGCCCAACGAUUCUAAGGACGAGCGAUCCAUUGCCAACCGCCUAGCUAAUGAAGAGCGCAAGUUAAACCGCGAAGAGCAAGACGACCCAGAGACCAAGGCUUCCAAGAAGGACCCGACAUUGCCUGCCAAGUUACACGGCAAUGAACCCUCUAAAGGCGCCAAGAUCGAUGCAGAUCUACAAGCGGAGGAAGAGGAAUACUUGAAGCAGAAGGGCAAGAAAUAAAUCUUAAUACCUCUAAUUGUCCCAUUGGAUUUGACUAUGCUAGGAAUAUCCUAGUAUAGGUGCUCGCUUUGUAGCAUCAAUGAAUGAGAAGAAAAAAAACGCAAGCUUCACCAAUAAUGAAUCGAUCAAUAUAAUCCACCGUGAAAGUAACAGUCAUGCUACGAGGCAAGUCCAUACCAUUCAACACAUCUCAUAGCUUCGCCCCCAUGGCUCUUCUCUUCUCUCUUUCCCGAUCUUUCAAAAAUCUCCUCAAGAUCUUCCC